CAUCUAGUUAUCUAUGGUUAGAAACGAACGGUAGUAAUUUUUCAUUAUUGCAUAGUAAAAUGUUUACAAUUCUGAGAGGAAUAUCUAGAAAUCUGACUAGUACAUUUGCUAUUGCUGAUCGCGUAGUUCGUCCUCACAAAAUUACAUAUUUUCAUUCCAAUGCCGUUUUAAGAUGCCAAGUUAAAGAAGAACAAAUUAAAGAUGAUUCUGAAUCAGUAAAUCUUACAGAUGAUGCAGUGAAGGACCAGAAAAAAGAUCGAACGCAGAUUAUACCAGUAGAAACAUCAAUCCGAUAUCUUCAAAGUUCUGCUUACAAGGAAACAUAUGGUGACCAGUUCGUGUGGGAGCAAUAUAGACGUAACCAUAAAGGGGCAUUACCUCCUCGUAAAACACGUAAAACUUGCAUACGCAAAGGUGUAAUUUCUACAGGAAAUCCAUGUCCUAUUUGUCGUGACGAAUACUUAGUCUUAGAUCAUCGUAAUAUUGACUUACUACGCCAGUUUAUAUCGCCGCAUACUGGUAAAGUUCUAAGUUAUUCUAAAACAGGUCUCUGUCAAAAAAAACAUUUUGAGCUUCUAGUGGCUAUAGAACGUGCUUGGGAUUACGGGCUCAUAACUUUUGACGUCCCUUUUCGAAAGUUCGAUCUUGACGAAUAUUACGGCAACGUCGCAAAUAAAACGCAAUAAUCAUAUUC